AUGCUUUUCCUACAGUCUCUUGUGACCGCUGCUGCUAUAAUGAUACCAGCCAUGGCUGGUGCGGAGAGCACAGCGACAUCAACAACAACGAUCCAACUGAUGCGGAAACUCAUGUCCGAAAAUAUGACUUUACUAGAAGGAAGUGUAAUCUCAGUCGACGCGACAGCCACCACUCUCGAAUUGGAUUGUCAAUCUUCAGCGAGCUCCAUCUGCAGUUCUUCCGGCAUGCUCUGGCCGCAGACUGUUACCGUCGGUCCCUCGAUUCAAGGAAUGAAUUUCGAUAUCACCACUUAUUACAGAUCAAUAUUGUGGAUUGUUACCGGAAGUGCAUCGUGCGUGAUUACGGAUUCUUCAAUGGGUGCUGAUUGUGUAUUGUCUACCAAUUCGUGGUAUUCCAGUGGCACUACUUCCAAUUCAUCUUCUGUGGAUGGAACAACCGUUACCGUUGAGCCGACUUUGACGUUUGCUACUAUUCCUGUUGUUUCGGGCUUGGAGAAGCUGGCGGCGGCGAGUACGCCUAUGACUACGACCAACGCCUCGCCUGCUAGCGCUGCGACCACUACAUAG